GUUGCCUCCCUCUUUCAACGUUUCAACGUCUCUCCACUGCUCGUUACUCGUCCUCGUUCCCUUGUCAAGCUUGUAAAAUGUUCUCAAAAGCUGGUGUUUUCGCGCUCGUCGCUGCUCUCAGCGUCAACAUCCAUGCGCUCACUCUCAACACUCCCAGCGAUGUUCGCUCUGGACAAAACGUCACUCUUUCUUGGACAACCUCCAGUGGCGACCAACCAUUCACGGUGUACCUCAGACACCCGAGUUUCAACCAGGACUUUGCCGUGGCGAACAAUGUCGACCCCGCCGCAGGCUCCAUAACGUUUGGACUCCCACAAGUUAAUCCUAGAGAUAAUCAAUACACGUUCAGGGCUGCGAACAUCACCGACAUCAAUCAGACGUACAGUCAGACCUCGAAUUUCGCUGUUGGGGAUCCUGCUGGUACUAGUGCUAGUGGAUCUGGAGCUGGAGGUGCAACUGGUUCUGGCACUGCAACCUCCCCUCCUCCUACUGGAACCGGUACUAACAGCGGUUCUGGUACCGGAAGUGGAACCGCAACUGGCAGCGGCACGGGAACCGGUACAAGUGCUGGCUCGAGUACUACCAGCAACGCUCCCAAUAGUGCUGUCUCCGUAGGCGUCAGCGUGGGUGCCAUUGCACUUGCUGCGCUCGGUGCUGUUGGGAUGCUUUGAAGUAGUAUGGUUUAGAUGAUGGUGAUAUCUAUAGACAAUCGGACGACGUUCUUACCCCGUCUUCUUGCUAUACCCCCAGACUCUUUUCACCUAUAGCCCACUCACUGCCUUGCAAACUUUAUUGUGUUGUUUGUUAUUCUACCCGUCGAGCACGGACAUUGAUUGUUGUUGUCUUUUAGGUGUUAUUUUAGGUGGUUUUCUUGUAUGUAUGUAUUGUGGGACGUCCAACUUGCUUGUCAAUCCAACUCUAUCGUUGUGGCGCUCAGACGCCUUUUCGC